GCCAUGGGUGACUGGUCCAUACUUGGCCGCUUCCUGUCUGAGGUCCAAAACCACUCCACAGUGAUAGGCAAGAUCUGGCUCACCAUGCUGCUCAUUUUCCGUAUCCUGCUUGUUGCCUUGGUGGGUGACGCUGUCUACAGCGAUGAGCAGUCCAAGUUCACCUGUAACACCCAGCAGCCUGGAUGCAACAACGUCUGUUAUGACACCUUUGCUCCUGUUUCGCAUCUUCGGUUCUGGGUUUUCCAAAUUGUGCUGGUCUCCACCCCAUCCAUCUUCUACAUAGUUUUUGUUCUGCAUAAGAUUGCCAAGGAUGAAAAGCUGGAUGGCCAAAGGGCACAGAUGGUAGCCCAGAAGCCUCCCAGACAGAGAGGUGGGCACAUGAGAAAGGAUGGCAUGGAGGCCCUGAGGGUCCAAAUGCCCACCUACUGUCAUUACAGGGAGGAAUGGGAUGAGAGGGAGAGUGAAGGAGUAGAACAAAGCUCUAUGGAAGAGGACUAUGGCAAAGUGGGAGAGGACCCUACUCAGCAGUCCAACCAGGUUCUGCUCAUCUACAUUCUUCAUGUGUUACUACGAUCUGUCAUGGAGAUCACCUUUCUGGUGGGCCAGUACUUCUUGUUCGGGUUCGAGGUGCCUCACCUGUACCGCUGUGAGACCUACCCUUGCCCCACUCGUACAGACUGCUUUGUGUCACGUGCCACUGAGAAAACCAUCUUCUUAAACUUCAUGUUCAACAUCAGCUUGGGCUGCUUCGUGCUCAACAUCGCAGAGCUCCACUAUCUGGGCUGGGUCUACAUUUUCCGCAUUCUCUGCUCAGCCUGCUCCACCUGCUGCAGUCAUGAGAGGGACACCGUCAGUCUGUACUCAAACCACAACCCCCUCCUGCUUCAGCUAAGGCAUUCUCUGAGGGGCCAGUUGGUUCUGCAGAACCCAGCAGCCAUGGCCCCAGAGAAAACUGGGUGUCUGCUCACACAUGCCCCAGCCAUCUCCUUUGAGACAGACUCAACUGUGGAAUGCACCUCCAAGAGAAGUCCCGAGAGCGGAGACAAAGUGAAGGUCAAGCUGGCCAACAUGGCCAGGCUGGGACGGACUAAGAAGUCUUGGCUAUGA